CAUUUCCGGCGUUCGGUCGAGAGGCCAAGUCACGGGCAAUGGCGUCUCUCCGUCGCGAGGCCUUCGAAUUGCGCUGCCCGCCGCCUCGCUUGGCCUCAACACCCUCGCCACGACCGGAUUGAUGAGCCGCGGCGGCCCACCCACCGGCGCCGGACUCCUCCCGGUGCUCGGCAACGUCGCCAGUGGAGACGGCAAAUUCGUUUCCUCCUCGCUCUCGCUCUCCACACUGCCCACCUACCUCUACGCCGCCCCGCACAGCCUCUCCUCCUCCUCCUCCUCGCCCUUCUCCUCUUCCUCUUCCUCAUCCUCCUCCUCCUCAUCAUCCUCCACCACCACCACCGCCGCCGGGGCCGCCAACAUCAUCACCAGCAAGUCGUCGGGCUUGCCGACGUCGACGUGUCUCAACCUGACGCCCAGCGCCAUCAACAGCAUCGCCGGCGGUUUGUGCAAGUCGUUGGUCGCCUCGUUGGCGUGCCAACGAGGCGCCGUCGAUCUACUGCCGCCCGGAGCUUUGCAUCCAGCGGCUCAUGGCCAGUCGAGACCUCGGGCGGUUGGCAACUGCGUCUCGGAGACAGGCGAAAGUUUGACGGACUCGGUGGAGGAGGCGGUCUCCGAGGUGUGGGCUCGUGGAAAGCCCUUCUCGACGGUCGGGCGGCUAAAGUCGGCGUCUCUGAGUGACGACAAAAAAGAGUCGGCCGGCGAUGUCGUGAAGGACUUCGAGGCGUCUCUCGACCUGCCGCCUCUGUCGUCGGCCGGACUGCUUGCCCUCUCCACCACGCCCACAUCACGACGCGUCCAUCCCAACCGAAGAUUUGUCUGCAAUCAAUGCCGUAGUCAGUUUGUUUCAUUGGCCGAGUUGAAUCGGCACACGUUGGAACGACACAACUUUUUUCGAUGCACCAUCUGCUCGGCCCACUUUACACAACGCUCCAACCUCCAGCGGCACUCGCUAAAGCACAUCGGCUUCAAACCAUUCAUCUGCAACCUCUGCCACAAAGAGUACUACCGAAAAGACCAUUUGGUGCGUCACAUCGAGGUGACCCACCCGUCGGCCGACCCAAAACUCAACAUCACUGUACGUCUCACCUCGUCGGAAUGUCUCGACUAUUUGGACAAGAUACGCGCCAACGGUGGCCAGACAACGGCGCCGCAAACAGAGAUCCGACAGCCGAUUGAGCGUAGUUGCCGGGUGCACGGAUUUCAAGCAGAUCCUGUCUCUCUUCUAAAGACCGGCCUCGAGGACGACGACGAGGAAGACGACGACAACGACAACGAAAACGAAAACGACAACGACAAUGACAACGACAACGACAAUGAGGAGGAGGAGGAGGACGAGCAUGAGGCCUACAGAGACGAGACGUUUGUCGGACUAGACCAAAUGGAGACGAUACCGGCAAACGGUCUACACGAGGCGGAGUCGAGUUGUCGACCGGUUGGAGCAAAAACAUCGCUGCCAAAUCAGAAUGCCCUUCACGAAGAAACUGUCCACGAGGUCUUUGACGAGAACGAGAAAAGAGAACCACGAUCAGGCGACAUUGGCGACGCAGAUGGUGAUGAUGGUAAUCAUGCUGCUGCCGUUACUAAAAAAGAAGAAGAAGAAGAAGAAGAAGAA